GACUCAAAGCGUUCCGACUUCAUUCACUACGGAGAUCACAGUCUUCAGCGGACCUGCUUUGAAGGGAUCCAAUAGGCUACAAAAACCGUUUGAUAAGAACAACCGGGACAUGCGGACGGCUUGACAUUCUUUUUGACCUAUUCUCCACUUGCUGAUAUAAACAGGACAUAAAGUUGAUAUUUUUGGAAGUCUCCCAUAAAUGUAUGGAUAGUGAAAUAUUAUAUUCUCAGAGAAUUGUGUCGACAUGCAUAAAGGAUUAAAACACUUAAAUGUUCCACUACGAGACGUCUUCACUUCGCGUGGAUUAUAGCCUAAUCGACAAAAUGAUUACAUUUCUCACAUCUGGAAGUUCCUAUACUCAUAGAUAGCUCUUGUCUCAGGUGCCGUAACACCGACCCAUCUACUGCUCCUGUGUUGCUUCUCUGGCCAAAAGCGGAGUAGGAAACCCAACUGACUUCAAUAAACGUCAGUCUUAAAUGUAAACCUAAAUGAACACCCAAUAAAGUCCCACUGUUAGCCUCGCCAUGUUGCCUAUAAUAGCCAAAUAAUUCGGACUACCGGCUGUAGACUCGUGGAGGUAGCGGUUCCACCCGAGGGAUGGUACUGGAUUCCCGUGGUUUGGGAGCGACGCCUCAGCUCCUGGUUCUGGAACGGUGUUGGUGGAACUACUGGAACUUUCUCUCGUUCUGGAGCCCAAAGGACCUGAAGGGAGAUGAGAGCCGCUUUUCUGAGCUUCCUCCUCGCCUGCUUAUUGUGCCUGUUACGCACCGCCGCUGAGGAGGACCCACUCCCCCCGGAGCUGUUGGAGCGGCUGUCCCGCAGUGAGAUCCGCAGCAUCAGCGACCUCCAGCGGCUCCUGGAGCUAGACUUGGAAGAGAAUGAGGUGAUCGGGGAGAACAAACAGAGGUACCACAACAAGGCCUUCCCCCACAGCUACUCACAGCUGAAGAGCUCUCAGACACACUCCAGGCACAAGAGGAGCAUCGAGGAGGCGUUUCCCGCGGUGUGUAAGACUCGUACGGUGAUCUACGAGAUCCCUCGGAGCCAGGUGGAUCCCACCUCUGCUAACUUCAUCAUCUGGCCCCCCUGUGUAGAGGUGAAGAGAUGUACCGGAUGCUGCAACACCAGCAACAUGCACUGCCUGCCUUCCCGCAAGCACCACCGCACUGUCAAGGUGGCUAAGGUGGAGUAUGUGAGGAGGCGUCCUAAACUGAAGGAGGUGCUGGUGGCGGCUGGAGGAGCACCCUUGAGUGCAUAUGCACCUCCAAACGACACAUCAAGGAACUCUACGAUACAGACAAUGGUGUAAGGUGAAGACAGAUGGAUGAAAGAGAGAAGAGUGAAAGAGAGGAAGAGGGAAGAGAACAUGUUUCUCAGACUGAGAUAUGAACUUCAGCCACGUUGUGUGUGAUGGCAACAAGAGAAGUGGAGACAGAGGACAGAGAACAUAUUCUAUAUAUGUUAUAUUCUAUAUCUUCCCACAAGACGAACCUUCAAAAAUCAAUCAUUUUGAUAACGUCAAAAUAUUGCCAGAAUCGGGAAUGAUGUUUCUGGAAGAUGCAAAUAAGGACUUCGGUAUUAGGAGUGGGUGUGGCUUCGAUUUGAUGAUUGACAGGUGUCAAAUUACGUGACUACACCAACUGGGAGUUACAGUCUUUAUAUAAAGGACUUCUGACUACAAGACUACUCCCAUGAUUUUGGAUGACAAGCGGUUUGGAA